UGAUGUUAAUACUUAUUAAACUCUCGGGUUGCUCGGUGCUCCCCGUUUGAAGCUCGUCGGUAUCCGCAUGUCUGGCUGCUGAAGCUCGCCUGACUGCUGCUGUUUGCGGUUGAUACACGGCUUUCUUCACGGCCACUGUGUCCUAUAUUUUGCAUCAUGAAGCUGAAUCCAUUUGUAACCUCCUCCCGUCGCAAGAACCGCAAGAGGCACUUCAAUGCCCCCUCACACAUCAGGCGGAAGAUCAUGUCUUCCCCGCUGUCCAAGGAGCUCCGGCAGAAGUACAACGUGAGGUCCAUGCCCAUCCGCAAAGAUGACGAAGUUCAGGUUGUCCGUGGACACUACAAAGGCCAGCAGAUUGGCAAAGUGGUGCAGGUCUACAGGAAGAAGUACGUCAUCUACAUCGAGCGUGUGCAGAGAGAGAAGGCCAACGGAACCACGGUCCACGUCGGCAUCCACCCCAGCAAGGUGGUCAUCACCAGGCUAAAGCUGGACAAGGACCGCAAGAAGAUCCUGGAGCGCAAGGCCAAGUCUCGCGCCGAUGGAAAGGAGAAGGGCAAAUACAAGGAGGAGACCAUUGAGAAGAUGCAGGAGUAAAAAUGAUCUUUUGCUAUCAAUAAACUGUGUAAAUGGA